ACGAAAUUUCAACAGCAUAACUUCACAGUUCAGCCAGCCUACCGCUCUAACGCGUGCAAACAGUGCCGCAUACAGCAGUAAUUAAGUGCUCCGCGUGCUGACAACAGCAGCGUUUAGAGAUUUUGUAUGACAAAAACAAUGUCAACCCAACCACCCGCUUCCAUCAUGACUAACCGGGAUGGAGUUGAUGAUAGGAAUGUCGACCACAGUGUGGUGCAGUCGUCUCUUCCAUUUCCUGUCGCUAUUAAAGACAGCGAUAAACCGACUACUGCGGGAAGCAAUGCGAUUUUACGUCAUCUUAUUCAAAAGUAUGGAUGUGUAGUAUUCGACGUAUUGUCUGGCAAGACACGGGAAUUGUUUGGUGCAAAGGUCACGGGAAAAGAGAACACAGACCAGUUUAAUGCCGAUCCUGUCCCAACAACAUGUGCAGCCCAUCGACAGUUCCCAUACCGAAAAUCCGGUCUUAAAAAAGCCGUUUGGAUCCGCAUUGGGCUUAUGAUAUACGCGGGAUUGAUAUUGGUGCAGCUGGUUUUGGGUGCCUGGACCCUUGCAAUGGUCGACAAACACUGCAGGCCAGACGAGAACGGCUUCAUAACCGUCGGAAACGUCACUAUUGUGAUGCCUCUGAAUGGUGCUCCCGCUGCACCAUGGGUCGGAAAUGUGAGCAUGGACGCGGCGGUGUACUACUGGGAAUAUCCGGUGGAGUCCGAUCCGCCGGAUAUUUUACUCGUAAAACUCUGUUUUGGAGUUUCUUGCACAGAGAACUGCACGCGGUCGCAAGUGACGGUAACAGGCAGAGUAUCUCACGCGAAAGUUUAUGCCAUAGUAGGUGUAGUAUUUGGAAUACUUCAACUGGUGGGCCUGGUAACGAUGUCGUGUCUCAUGUUAUGCAAUUCUCGGGAUUGCAUGUUGGUUUGCCUUUUUGGUUGUCUUUUUUGGAUUGUGGGUUUUUGUGGCAGUGCGUAUUUAUUUUUCAUAAUAAUUAUUUACGUGCAUCCCUUUGUGCGCUUUGUCAGCUAACUUUUAGUGUUACUCUACGUAUACACUGGGGUCACUGGCUACUGAAUAACAUCUUCAUCAA